UUCAACAGCAGGCAGCCAAGGCAAGGCUUGGCAGGAUGGUCGGCUGCCUUGAUUACAUUACUUUUUCAUGAUACAUAUAACUAACCAUCCAAACACAGCUGUGCGUUUGAUACAUUUAUCUUCUGUUUUCGCGGCAAGAACAGUGCACGAGGAAGAAAAAGCGCCUUGUUCUGGAGUCUGACCGGUAUAACGACACAGAUGGGACUGCACAAUAUAACAAGCAACGACGUUUCCCAUUUAAAGUUUUGGAUGAAUGCUUCAACAUAAGGAUUGUAACUGAGUUAACACAAAUAAGGGACACGUUUCGGGUCAAUGAAUGUGUUUUUCCAGGUGAAAACAUGGCUAGUUAGCUUCAGCUAGCGGUUAGCUAACUAGCUAAAAGGCUAACUCACACCAGUCUGAAGCAGGGUUGAGAUGUUCGUCUAAAUUUGGACCGAAGCUAGCUAAUCCAGGUAGCUAGCUAGCGAGUCACUGACAACAUUUCUGUGACAAGCUGUCAAACCCAUUGUAUGUAGGAGUCUUUUUAUAUGGUGAUUUAUUGAUUGUGCGUGUUGGGAAAAGUUGCAGAUCGAAACUUUGAUCACAUCUGCUGGCGGAGUUGUGGAAACAAUGUUUCAUUGACAUCGCAAAGUUAGCCAGCUUGCUACCAAACGUGACUUCAACGCUACUAUCCUCAACCAGGCAAUGGAAUUCAGAAUGAGUCAUUUCGGGUGUUGUCUUCCAAAAUUCUAAAAGCUGCUUCUAGAAUCUUACAAAAGCUUCUUUCUCAUCCCGCUAACGUUACACGUGGGAUGAGACUGAGAUUGAAAGGAAUAAAAUCUGAAUGUUUCCAAACAUGGGGUCGUUAAAAGCGCUUCAAGAAUGGUGUCGGAUACAAUGCGAGAGUUACAACGAUGUAGACAUCAAGAACAUGUCAUCGUCUUUCCGGGAUGGUUUGGCAUUCUGUGCCAUAAUCCACCGAUAUAGACCGGAUUUGAUAGACUUUGACUCCCUCUCCAAAGAGAAUGUCUACGAGAACAACCGUCUGGCGUUUGAGGUGGCGGAGGCGGAGCUGGGUAUCCCUGCUCUGCUGGACCCAGAGGACAUGGUGUCAAUGAAAGUGCCUGACAGACUGAGCAUCAUCACCUACGUCUCCCAGUACUACAACUUCUUCACCAACAAGUCCCAUGCCAACCCCCCCUGCAUGAAGAGGUCCAGUGGUACAGGCCACAUUGAGCCGGCCCAGAAGAGACCGGUGGCCCCUCUGGAAGACAAAGUGGUUGAGCCUGAGCUGAGCCUACCUGGUCAGACGGGUACGGACGGAGGGGUACAGGCGGGGGUGAAGCGUAGCACCCUCAGCAGCAUCUGCGCUGCCUGCCAGAGGCACGUCCACUUGGUGCAGAGGUUCCUGGUCGACGGCAAGCUCUACCACCGCAACUGUUUCAGGUGUAGGGAGUGUAGCAGCACUCUGCUGCCUGGGUCCUACAAGCUAGGAAACGAGGUCGGCUCCCUGGUCUGCACGCAUCACUUUGCCAGGUCUGCCUUAGCCAAUCAGAAUGGCCGACCGGACCUAAGCAAGCGACCGACAACGGUUCCGUCUGUCAGGAUUGGUCGACCCAUGCUGCCUCAAACUUCUCCUCCUUCUGGGAGGGACCAGGGGGCAAAGACUCCGCCCCAAGAGACUCCGCCAAAAGAGACUCCACCCCAAGAGACUCCACCCAAAGAGACUCCACCCCGAGAGACUCCACCAAAAGAGACUCCACCCCGAGAGACUCCACCAAAAGAGACUCCGCCCCGAGAAACUCCACCAAAAGAGACUCCGCCCCAAGAGACUCCACCAAAAGAGACUCCGCCCCAAGAGACUCCACCAAAAGAGACUCCGCCCCAAGAGGGCAUCACCAAUGAUGAUUACCCCCCCACACCAACCAAUGACUCUGACUCUACACCCUGUCCUACCUCAACGACAAAAACAGACUCUUUGAAAACAGAAAAAGAGAAAGCGAGGGAAGACGGCGCAGGAGAAAAAGAGGUGAAACCUCCACCCUCCAUUCCUCCCAACCCUUUCGAUGACAUCGAGGAGGAGCAAGACGAGGGAAAGGGGGAGGAGACUCAGACACCAGCCAAAGACACAGCCAAUGGGGUUAUCCCUCCUACACCUGUCAGUCAUCUAGGACUAGGGGACAGUAAGCCAGUCCCCGUCCCUCGCCGCUUGUCACAGCCCUCCCCUCCGCCUCGUCCCGCCCCCAGGGUCCGCCCACCCCGCGUUGACAACCUCGCGGUCAAUGGUGAUCAUGGUGAACACAGGAGAUCUCUUCCUCCAGCUCCCAGACCUCGAGAAAGAUCCCACUCCCCUGGAAGCUCCAGUCUCUCCAGCGACGCCCCCAAACCCCCUAACCCGCCCUGGCUGGUCCUCGUCCAAUCCCAAGAACCCAAGAAGAAACCAGCCCCUCCCCCUCCCCCUGGAGUGGCUACGCCCCCAAACACUGGUUCGUUAUCUUCUCUAAAAGGGGAGGGCUGCAGACCAGCCACGCCCCCUGCACCCGCCAACCCCUUCGAUGAGGAAGUAGAGGAAGAGGAGGCGGGGUCAGGGGAGGGGUCAGUAGGAAGUUUGGUUUCGCCCACUGUGGUGGUGAGUCAUCCGUGGUACAGCAUCACCCAGGCUGCAGACGCUGCAGCUGAUCCAGACACGCCCCCCAGUGGGGGUAUUUCCUCCCGCUCUGCAAGCCCCAGUGGCUCCAGGUGCAAGAAACGUCCAGCGCCCCCAAAGCCUGUUCCAAGGCCCCAAAACUCUAACUCAGCCCUUCCUCACUCCCAGCCCUCCUCUUCCUCUCCCUCCCCAGCUAUUAGCAUAGAAAGCCUAUCCUCUGCCUCCGACCAUAGCUCCUCCCACCCAUCUUCCCUAGGGGGCGGAGCCACAGGCGAUCAGGACAACCCCUUCACCAAGAGUGUAUCAGAGCCCUCCAUCUGCGGGCCCUGUGGUGGCUCCACCCCUUCCCCCUCUACCUCAGCCAAUCGCCUCUCUCCGAGCCCCUCCCCUCCUCCCCAGCCAGCCAAUCCUAGCUCGGCUCCAGCCACUCCGCAGAGCAAUCGGAGCGCCAGACCCCCUCCCCCGAGACCCCCGACGACACCCAGCCCCCUGGCAGCGUCAAGUGCUAUCCCAGUUCCACCCCCCAAGCGGAUUUGUAAGGAAAACCCUUUCAACAGGAAAGCCUCUCCCUCCCCCGUUUCCUCCCCUAAAACCAGACCCCCUAGAGGCCCUCGCCCCGCCCGGCCCCCCGCACCUGGACACGGCUUCCCCCUCAUCAAACGCAAGGUGCAGUCAGACCAGUACAUCCCAGUAGAGGACAUCCAUGGAGAGAUGGGAGAGCUGGAGAAACAGCUGGAUGAGCUGGAGCAGAGAGGAGUGGCUCUGGAGAGAAAACUAAGAGACAACCCCAACGAUGAGGAGGAGGAGACUUUGCUGGUGGACUGGUUCACUCUGAUCCAUGAGAAACACCUGCUGGUGCGCCGCGAGGCUGAGCUGGUCUACACGGACAAGCAGCAGAACUUGGAGGAGAGGCAGGCUGAUGUAGAGUAUGAGCUGAGAUGUCUUCUUAACAAGCCGGAGAAAGACUGGAAUGAGGAGGACAAGGGCAGGGAGCAGGAGCUGAUGACAGAGCUGGUCACAGUCAUCGAACAGCGGAACCAAAUCAUCAACAACAUGGAUCAGGACAGGCAGAGGGAAGAGGAAGAGGAUAAGCUGGUGGCGACCAUGUUGAAGAAAAAAGACUUCCAGAAGGAGCCAGCAGCAGAGGGCGAGCAGCAACAGAAGAAGAAGAAAGAGAAGAAGUUUAAACCCAUGAAGGUUCUGAAGAGGUUGAGUGUGAACCAAGGCAAAGGCGGGAGCCCACGCAAGGAGAUACCAGAGAAGGACAAGAGCUGAACAAGGUAUAGAAGGAGGGAGGGAGAGGUGGAUGAUGGAUGGAAGAUGGAAGAGGGAUACCAUCCUUUACAGGGGGGCAUAUCAGAAGGAAAGAGCAAGGAAACGACUGAUGAAAACAAAACACAGUGGAGGGAGAAAAAGAAAGGAAAAACAGCCCAGGAUUCUCACAGCUAUAUCAAAGACUGUAAUGUGUGCAACCUGUAAUUCACUCCCCCUUGCCCUUACUGUAGCGUAUCCUUCAUAUCGCUCCUCCCUAUCAGAGUAUGUGAGUGGAGUUGAGCGGUUGGAAAUCCAGUUCCGGGCUCCACGUCCUUUCCAAAGGCUCCGCUAAAAACCGCUACGCGCACAGAAUAAAAAACAGCUGCUCUAAAUUCGCUCCAUUCAUGAAAAUCACAAUUUCACCAACACCCAUCUAUUUUUGUGACUACCUGGACCUACCAUUUGGUUUAGAAGUAUGGAAACCAAACCAUAUGAUUUGAAUAAAUAUGAAAAGGUGAACGUAAGACGCGCACAUCAUUUCAAAUAGGCUACAUGUCAUAUUAAACAGCAUAUAAACACUCUAAAUAGCCAGAUAGAAGGAACGAAA